AUGCCGUGUUCCCGAGGGUCAGAUGAUAUGACAGACUCUGUCGUGGAAGAAGAGGAGACUUCCAGCUUGCCUGUUCCCGUACUUGAUAAGCCGACCGAGGUGCUGGGACCCGCUGCGCUUUCUGUCCCGGAAGAACUAGCCAUCACGUGGGAAGAGGUUGCGGAGCCCUCCAGCUGUGGAGAACUUGGGCUUCUGGAGAAGGACGCAGCAGGGGAACCGGUGGCCCCAGCCACGCUUGUGGCUGGCGCUGCAGAGCUCUGGCUGCCCAGGGUGCUUGCAGCUUCCGAGGAUGCUGUCUCUUCAGUCGGGCUGGCUGCAUUCGGAGUGGUGCUCCUCAACGAUGCAGCAGGCGUCCCCGUUGGUGCUAGUGGAGAGGUGAGGUGAGCUGUGGCGGCUGAGCUGGAUUCCACGGAGGUGUCCCGCACUCCGCUAGGAGAAGGUCUGCCCGCUUUCCGAAGAUGCGCUGGAUGAAGCCAUGAUGGAGGCACUGGAUGCUGGGCCUGCCGUCCAAGUGGUAGCCGGGCUCUCUGUUGCCACUGGUGCUGCGGAGCUCUUGUCAGCAGUGUGGGUUGUGGCCGAGAACACACUUGUCCCUGAGAUCCCGGGAGAUGUUUCUGAAGAAACGUGCUCCGUGGUGGUCACCUGAGGUAGCGCUUCAGAGCUGGAGGAUGCCGGGUUCCCAGAUGAUAUGACAGACUCUGUCGUGGAAGAAGAGGAGACUUCCAGCUUGCCUGUUCCCGUACUUGAUAAGCCGACCGAGGUGCUGGGACCCGCUGCGCUUUCUGUCCCGGAAGAACUAGCCAUCACGUGGGAAGAGGUUGCGGAGCGCUCCAGCUGUGGAGAACUUGGGCUUCUGGAGAAGGACGCAGCAGGGGAACCGGUGGCCCCAGCCACGCUUGUGGCUGGCGCUGCAGAGCUCUGGCUGCCCAGGGUGCUUGCAGCUUCCGAGGAUGCUGUCUCUUCAGUCGGGCUGGCUGCAUUCGGAGUGGUGCUCCUCAACGAUGCAGCAGGCGUCCCCGUUGGUGCUAGUGGAGAGGUGAGGUGAGCUGUGGCGGCUGAGCUGGAUUCCACGGAGGUGUCCCGCACUCCGCUAGGAGAAGGUCUGCCCGCUUUCCGAAGACGCGCUGGAUGAAGCCAUGAUGGAGGCACUGGAUGCUGGGCCUGCCGUCCAAUUGGUAGCCGGGCUCUCUGUUGCCACUGGUGCUGCGGAGCUCUUGUCAGCAGUGUGGGUUGUGGCCGAGAACACACUUGUCCCUGAGAUCCCGGGAGAUGUUUCUGAAGAAACGUGCUCCGUGGUGGUCACCUGAGGUAGCGCUUCAGAGCUGGAGGAUGCCGGGCUCCCGGAGGGUCCAGAUGAUAUGACAGACUCUGUCGUGGAAGAAGAGGAGACUUCCAGCUUGCCUGUUCCCGUACUUGAUAAGCCGACCGAGGUGCUGGGACCCGCUGCGCUUUCUGUCCCGGAAGAACUAGCCAUCACGUGGGAAGAGGUUGCGGAGCCCUCCAGCUGUGGAGAACUUGGGCUUCUGGAGAAGGACGCAGCAGGGGAACCGGUGGCCCCAGCCACGCUUGUGGCUGGCGCUGCAGAGCUCUGGCUGCCCAGGGUGCUUGCAGCUUCCGAGGAUGCUGUCUCUUCAGUCGGGCUGGCUGCAUUCGGAGUGGUGCUCCUCAACGAUGCAGCAGGCGUCCCCGUUGGUGCUAGUGGAGAGGUGAGGUGA